AUGCAAAUUGGAUUCUGGCGCACACGCGGUGGACACUGGUCCAGUGGCCAAAGAGCCAAAAGAGCCAAAGAACAAGCACUUUUGGCCCUGCCGCCGCUGCCCACCCUCCCGACCAGCUUCUCCCAGCACGUCCGCGACACCGAGGUCCAGGUCCCGCCUCUGAUUGCCGGCGCCCUCGUCUCCGCCUUUGCCAACUCCCUCGCCGAUGGCCUUGAUAAUGCUCUCCUUACCCACUACUAUCUCGAAGACCAAAAAGUAAAAAUCAAUCUCGAUCGUGUCAUCGACCGCCUCAUAACCAGCUUUUGCGGCCAGAUCUGGGACGAACUCUACAAAUUCUACCACAGCGACGAGGCCGCCUCUCAGCCUACCAGUCAGGUCAUCCUCCUCUUCGAGGGUCCCAUCCGCCAGAUCAUCCUCAUUCUCAACGGUCCCGAAACUUCGCGUUGCGUCCUCGACCGCAUCGGCCCCAGCCUAUCCCAGCGCCCUGUCACAUGGUCCGCGAAUGCCGGCGGGAUUGACCUGCCUCUGGCCCUCCAGCUCGUCUGCGGCUUCUGGCAUCGCGAGUUCCCAGAUGUCUCUCCCGGCGGCUGUCCAGAGCAAAUCGCUCGCACCUUGCACUCUCUAAUAAUUGACGGCCAGGCCUCGAAACGCCUCAUCUCCGAUAUUGACCGCAUCCUCCUCUCCCCCAACUAUGUUCAAGUCCACAUGGCCGAGUCGGCCAUCUGGGACGUCAUUCGCAAAAGACCCUUUCCUCCACCCCCUGACGGCUAUCAGUUAGUCCAAUUCAAAUUCGACUGCCAGCUUUUCGGGCCUCUUGAUGGAAUUGGAGACCCCCAACUCGUCAAUCUCGGUUCCUUGCCCGCCAUUACGGGUACCGCCGGUAGCUGUGUCUACACUACCGUCGCCGAGUACAUUGAUAACCGGUGGCCCAAAUGUGGUCGCCUGCUCCUCAAGUGCCUCGAAGAAGCAGUCACCAACGCAUCCGCUUCACACCAAUCGGAUGAUCCCUUCCCAGGCAUGUCAGUAUGGGACAGCACUGACGAAGACUCCGUCUUUUGUCCCGGCCUGCGCCUCAUCCAUCUUGAGGUGGAAGACAAUUGCAUUCGCGUCAGCGCCUCGGCCUGGACGCACACGCUCAUUGAGAUUUUUCAGCAAAUGUGCUGGACCUGCGCCGCCCUCAGCUCAUCCCCCUUCCCAGGCGGCUCCCUGUCCGAAUGUGCCAUUGCCCCUAUCGCAUAA